ACUACACCACACCACACCACACCACCGUGUCGCCUCCACACCAUGGGGCUGUGAUGUAGCGGCGGGCGGCGCGUCGUGUCCCCCGUUCGGAGCCCGUGUAUGGAUCUAAUGAUGAUGAAGAAGAAGAAAUUCAAGUUCAAGGUGGAUUUCGAGCUGGACGAGCUGUCGUCGGUUCCCUUCGUCAACGGUGUCCUCUUCUGUAAAGUCCGGCUGCUGGACGGCGGCUUCUCCGAGGAGUCCUCCCGGGAGCCAGUGCAGGCCAACUGCGUUCGAUGGAGGAGGCGAUUCUCUUUCCCCUGCAAGAUGAGCGCCAACGCGGGGACAGGUGUACUGGACCCCUGCGUGUGUCGCGUAUCCGUCCGAAAGGAGCUGAAGGGGGGGAAGGCGUAUGCAAAGCUUGGUUUUGCAGAUCUGAAUUUAGCAGAGUUUGCCGGCUCAGGGAACACAACCCGUAGAUGUCUGCUGGAAGGCUACGAUACCAAAAAUACUCGUCAGGAUAACUCCAUUCUCAAGGUUGUCAUCAGUACACAGCUCAUGUCAGGAGAUCCCUGUUUUAAAACGCCUCCCUCCACAGCCACUGUGAUAGGGAUCCAGGGUGACGGAGAGAGCCUGCUGGAGGAGCGGAGGGGAGGAGACUCACAGAAAGUCUCUUCUGAGAGUCGUGAAGGGAAGUGUCCGAUUGUUUCUGAUGACAUGGGGGGCUGCGGACACUCGCGCACAUCCAGCUACGCCAGCCAACAGUCCAAACUCUCAGUGUCACUCCACCAGAGCAGUUCAGACCUGAAGCUCGAGUUUCCAUUAGAGGCUGAUCGGAUGACUGUAACACGAGAUCACAGGAAGUGGAGAGGCUACAGUACAGGUCACUCCCGCUCGUCCAGCAUGUCAGAGUUCAGCCACCGGAGAAACCAUUCAGUGGGCAGCGCCUCAACAGGCAUUGGCAGCAUCCCAGAACCCAGCGAGGACCGAGACAGAGAGUCCAGACCCUGUCCUGCGCUGCCCGAACACCCGGUCUCUACCACUACUACCACAACUGCUACUAGUAACCCACAAGGCACACCUGUACACAGCGCCUCAUCCUGUGAACGACUCAACAGACACCCAGUGAAACAAGACUCCAUGGAGUCUCAGCUAAAGAGAAUGGACGACACGCGGGUGGACGCGGACGAUGUUGUGGAAAAAAUUCUUCAGAGUCAAGACUUCACACCGAGCCUACUGGACUCAAGUGCUGAAGAGGAAGGUCUGCGGCUGUUUGUUGGGCCUGGAGGAAGCACGGCCCUCGGAAGCCAUCACCUUCCCACCAGGGUUGGUGCUGGAGCAUACGAGCAGGUGGUGAUAAAGCGUUAGACCUGCAGCCUCUUAGCGACGGACUCACACCGCUUACAUCCAAAAAUGGAAACAAGGCUGAGUUCAUUUCAAUCUCCAUUCCUACAGCUCGUUACCUGAUCAGUAACAACAGCGCCCUCCUGUGUCCAUAUAUGCGGUAACAUAGUAGCUUCCUUUUAGAUAUUUUGAGCAGCCAGGUGGGCAGUGAUCAUCUCAAUGUAAACAGCUGUGAAUUUAUGUAAAUGAAACAUUGACCUGAUUGUUCAAGACAUUUAACGUGUGUGUAACAGAAAUUGCUCACUCCUCACGUUCUGGGUGUAGAUGUUCGAUGUUUUUCAGGUAAACUUUGUCGCCCAGCAUCUAAACAGAACACGUUUGAAACUGGAAGAAAAUGAUGAACGUUUCAUUUCUAAUGGAGGAGUGGCAGCAUUUAAACAAAGGGAAUCUACGCUGUAGAGGAGCGGACCAUCCAUUUUCAAUACAUUCCUUUAGUGUCAGUGUUCGUUGUAGAAUUCCUCCUGAAUAGGACGUUCUAUUUAAUAUUGGCCUAUAAGCUGCAGUUGCUGGCACUAACCUUAAUCCACCUUCUAGUGUUUGCAAGGUGAGAAUAUUUUACUACAAAGACGAGGUGUCGGACUCGAGCUUUUAGAUGUGUGAAUGUAGAAUGUGUGUGUGUGUGUGUGUGUCUGCUAUAUGGUAAGACUACUUUUGUUAGUAGUAACAGUUAUCCUGUUAUCUUGAAGGAGUGGAUGGAUAUAGGAUCUAUUGUGAGAAAUACUGUGUGGGUACUUUGAAAGAGAAAAUAGGAGAUAAAGUCUAUUUACUUACUUAUAAUUAUAGAGGCCUCUGUUCAUAUCAGCAACAGACUGUUUUAGAAAAUCCUGCAGUAUUACUCAGCCGUAUGAAGGCAAAGUGCAGAGACGAGGUUUUUAAUCAAAGACGCAAACAUGAAAGUUUGCUUUGCCAUAAACAAAUAAAAUACUGUCAAAAUACCAUAACAUUUAAAAAUUAUAUUCUGGUUCUGGACACAAUGGCUGAUCAGAUUUUUUUUAAAUUUGUUUUGCACUGCACAUAAUUGGCGAAAACGAGCGAUAGCCAUAUUUGUGAGUGACAGGGAAACACAAACUCAGUGCAGCUAACAUUAACUGCACCGGUUUCCCUGCCCCAAUACCAAUUUUGAUACCUGGACUUUGUGUAUCGGCCGAUAACGAGUAUCGAUCUGAUACCAGAGCAUUGAUACAAAUGAUUUGUGAUAUAUUUUAAUGGUUGAAUGCUUCUAACCCUGUAUGGAAGUGAGAAGUUCUAUCAUUGUUGUGCGGCCUAUUGCAAGUGCUGUAAAUGGCAACACUAUCCAUUGAAACUGAAGUCAAGCAAAUGGCAUACGUCGUAUUUCUUGUUGGACUUCUCAGCAUGAGAUAUUUCUGACAUUUGAACCCGCUACACUACCAGAAAUCACUUCUUCUUCGCCUCUCUAAAAACAGUACUUGCCAGUGGCAGCAAAGCACAACUGCUUUUUUGGAGCUGCGAAGA